CUGCGGCGCCGGAAGUGGUGCGCGGCGGUACAAUCCCUCAUGGCGGCAGCAGCAGCGACUUGGGUGCGGCGCAGUGGUGACUGAGUUGUGAUCCUGGCGGGCGUGCGCCGAGCCCCGGCCCGGCCUCCGCGUGCCCCCCGGGCUCUGCACCCCUGAUGCUGCGCGGGUGCUGAGCCCGCCCCGGCCGGGACGAUGGUGAAGUAUUUCCUGGGCCAGAGCGUGCUCCGAAGUUCCUGGGACCAAGUGUUCGCUGCCUUCUGGCAGCGGUACCCGAAUCCCUAUAGCAAACAUGUCUUAACGGAAGACAUAGUACACCGGGAGGUGACCCCUGACCAGAAGCUCCUGUCCCGGAGACUCCUGACCAAGACCAACAGGAUGCCCCGCUGGGCAGAGCGACUGUUUCCUGCCAACGUUGCUCACUCGGUGUACAUCCUGGAGGACUCUGUUGUGGACCCACAAAAUCAGACCAUGACCACCUUCACCUGGAACAUCAACCACGCCCGGCUGAUGGUGGUGGAGGAACGAUGUGUUUACCGUGUGAACUCUGACAACAGUGGCUGGACCGAAAUCCGUCGGGAAGCCUGGGUCUCCUCUAGUUUAUUUGGUGUCUCUAGAGCUGUCCAGGAAUUUGGUCUCGCCCGGUUCAAAAGCAAUGUGACCAAGACUAUGAAGGGUUUUGAAUACAUCUUGGCCAAGCUGCAAGGUGAGGCCCCUUCCAAAACACUUGUUGAGACAGCCAAGGAAGCCAAGGAGAAGGCAAAGGAGACAGCACUGGCAGCUACAGAGAAGGCCAAGGACCUUGCCAGCAAGGCUGCCACCAAGCAGCAGCAGCAGCAGCAGCAGCAGUUUGUGUAGCCAGCCUGGGCCCCUGCCACUGCCACAGCCCACUAGACACCCGUGGGCUCCCUCUGCCCCCUCUUUCAUUGUACUUUAUUAUUAAAAAUCAACUUCUAGCCCUCUCUGCUGUCUGGGUGGUGGGUUGGGGGCAGGUGUCCUGUUCAGCACUGCAGUACACCAGACACAUGUCUGAGCCCAGCUGGUUUAUUCUCCCAUUGGGCAGCUGAUGACAGGCACAAAGUGGUACAAAGGUGUGGGGACUUGUUUAAGGUCACCAGCAGUAUGCAGGUGAAGUGUUGAUAAACAAUAGACUGUAAGCUCCAAGAGGGCAGGAUUCUUUGUUUUGUUUUGAUGUGUCCCAAAUACCUGGAAGAAUAUCUAGCACAUAAUAGACACUCAAUAAAUAUUUGUUGAAUUCAAUCAGCCCCA